GCCAUUGUAUGUAAAUAGUUUAUAUAAGAGCAUAUGACUGCUACGGUGCAGGGCAGUGGCUAGUGGCGGAGGAAUGAUUAGCAUUUUUCAAACGCACCGUGUUCUCAAUCCAGCCUUCUGGCUUGCUGAAAAAAAUAAUAUUUUUAUUCAUUUCUUCCUGCUUUGUACACAUUUUUGUGUACCACCACAGCUGAAGGUAAAACACAUGUUUUGUAAUUUUCAUCUCUUAUACUAACAUUAUUAUGUGUCGUAUGUGAGCAAUGGCUGAGUGCUGGCCCAUUGCAUCAGCAGAUACGUUCCACUAUAUUUUGUCAUAUUUGGAUGAAUCAAAUAUAAAGAAUGUGUUUAUUUGGGUGUUAUUUGGAAACUGGUCAUGUCCAUUGCCAUCCCUGCAAACAAUGAAAGUCUCUCACUUGUCUAAAAAUAUCCCCUACUGAGAUGGGAGUUUUGCUGAUUCCUUUGAGAAAUGUGCUGGCAGUCUGUCAGUCUGUCUGCAACUGGGCUGUAGGUCAGUUUGGGAGUACGGUAUUAAUACAGGGCGAGCCGAUCACGUGGCUCUGCAAAUCUUUCGCAAUUGGCUUCGUUCUGUUGCGUCUUGUGACGGCGCACGGUGGCAGGCCAUCACCCCUGCUUUUAUACGGCCAACAGCCCAUUUGGCAAUUCUUUUCUGUUGUUCUUUGCUCUGCCAAAAGCAGCUUGAUGCCCAGGCCACACCUCAAGAUGGUUAUCUUUGGACCCGGUGCUGCUUACGCCGCUUGCACUGCUGGCUGAGCCUGGUAAACCUCUCAAGAAUAAUAAUGUCAACAAAGUUAGACUUCACCUAAAUCUUCUUUGUUGUUCCUUAAAAUCGAUUUAGUGCACGAUGUUGAAAAUGUUUGUAGGCUUUCAGUAAAUAAGAUGAACAUUGUGUUUUAAUAGAGUUUUUUUAUGGUCUAACUAAAGAUCUAACUUGGGAUUCAUUUAUACCACCUUGACUGGAAUCUAACCUUUAUUUUUCAGACCUGGAGUCCAAAAUGAACUGGGGUUCCUUUUAUGCCGUGAUCAGCGGCGUAAACAGGCACUCGACUGGCAUCGGACGGGUCUGGCUCUCCGUCAUCUUCAUCUUCCGUAUCCUGGUCCUGGUUGUUGCUGCUGAGAGUGUUUGGGGAGAUGAAAAAUCUGGCUUCACCUGCAACACCCAGCAACCUGGCUGCAACAGUGUCUGCUAUGACCAGUUCUUUCCCAUUUCGCACAUUCGCCUGUGGGCGCUUCAGCUCAUCCUUGUCUCCACCCCCGCCCUGCUGGUGGCCAUGCAUGUUGCCCACCGACGCCACAUCGACAAGAAGCUCAUGAAGAGGGCGGGUCGCACCAGCCCCAAGGAGAUUGAACACAUCAAGAACCAGAAGUUUCAGAUCACCGGAGCGCUGUGGUGGACUUACAUGAUCAGUAUCAUCUUCAGAAUCAUCUUUGAGGUGGCUUUCCUCUACAUCUUCUACUCGAUCUACCCUGACUUUAAGAUGGUGCGGUUGGUUAAGUGUGACUCGUACCCAUGCCCUAACACGGUAGACUGUUUCGUGUCCCGACCGACAGAAAAGACCAUUUUCACUGUGUUCAUGCUGGCAGUGUCUGGAGUGUGUGUGCUGCUCAACCUGGCCGAGGUGAUUUACCUCAUAGGGAGAGCCUGCAAACGCUGCUUUCAAGGCUCUGAGGAAGAAGCCAAAGGAGCAUGGAUAAGUCAAAGAUUGUCUUCUUACAGGCAAAAUGAAAUCAAUCAGCUGAUAGCCGACCACUCUCUCAAGUCAAAGUUUGCUGUGACUAAAAAGAGCCCGACUGAGAAGGGUGAAAGGUGUUCUGCUUUCUGAGACUCUCCUGAACUCUUUAAACUAAUCAACAGUAAUCACGUAUAAUGAUGGAGCGUAUUGCUCUGUCAUGUAGACUGUAUAUUAGAUCACUCUCAGCACACAUACAUACAUACAUAUUCAGUUUGUUUAUCAUCCAAACACAGAUUGAUGCUUCUUUUUUUCUGACAUUAGCUGCUGGCUUAACUCAUCUAAACCAUUAGGAGCCAGUUAUGAAGGUCAAAAGAUAGCACCAGUGUUUGUGCAUAUUUACGACAAAUCUGCGUAACCUUAAUGGGUCAGCAGUUUGCCAAAGCUCCCUUUAAUUGGGCACAUUUUAGCAGUUUAAUUUAAAGUAUUAUGGCAAGCAGGUCACAGAGAUCAUAAUUAAUCAAACUUAAAAACAUAUGUUGCUUUUUUUAACAUGCUUUUUAUAAAAAUACAUUUAAAGCUCCUGUGACGAGUUUUUGGAUGUUUAUCAAAUAUACUGAAAUUCAUACUGUUGCCUUUUUGUGACAUACAAAAGUAAACCAGACUAUCAGCGACGUGAUAAAUUAUUUUUUUUAAUCAUAAUUUUAAGGGUUGGAAACCAAUAUGAGAGGGCAGGUGUCAACCGAGCAGCUAAAGAAACAGUCCCAAUUUAUAUUAAACAUUUACAUAAAUAAUAGAGUUGACUGUCAAAAGUCAGCUUUUUUUGUCAAGACAAAGUUUCAGCAUGUAGAAGAGAGGUUAGAGAGACUGCAGGAUGUCAAAAUUAUCACAGAGUUCCUCACAGGAGCUUUAAAAUAUGAAUUAGUUAGAAAAACACACUGCAUUGUGGGCAGGUUGGUGUAUCAGUUAAAACCAUCUGUUGCUAUGUCGUGUUUGACAUUCAAAGAGAUAAUUCAAAGAUAAAUUUAAGUCCACACGGCAUCAACAAAAAACAAACGGUAAUCCUGGUAAAGCAAGUAAAUGUUCAGAAACACUGGUGCUGUCUUUUUAUCACAGACAUGAUGUGACUUUAGAGGAAAAAAAUGCUGGACAGAAGGAGAACUUUCUAUUUACAUAAAAAAAAUGUUCAUAUGCACCAAAUUUCAUUCUAGUCUGGGUCAGAACAGGGUAUUGUAGAAAAGAGUAUUAAUAUAAAUAAAUGCCAUAUAAUGUCAGUGACAGCUCUUUAAUCCAACAACACUAUGCUAAGAUUUUAUUAGACUGUUUCACUUAUUUGAUGUCACUCAGCCUCAUGCAGACAGCUGCAACUAUUCUAAAACUCACCACACUGCUGAGGAAAUAUAAAAAUUGGUGCUAGAAAACCAAAGAGGGAUCAAAAUUGUCAGUGUGUAUUACUCUUCCAGAAGGGAUCUAAAGGAAAAUGUGUAUGAAAAUGUCUUUAAAACUAUUUAACACUAUGAAGUACUAAUACAAAGUGAUAUCCCAACAGUAAAGUUGGACGGGUGCACAGAAAAAAUGUAGAAACCACUGGCUCCUUCUCUGAUGUUUACCCGAUAUGUUAAAAUUACUAUAAAUAGUUUAUUUUUGUUCUUUCUUCACUUGACAACUGGGUCACUUUUAAAUACUGCAUAUCCAAGUACUGUACAUAUAUCUAUAGGUGUGUACAUAUUUGAUCUAAUUAAUUUAUUGUAGCUUCUGUUUGAGAUGAUCUUGUUUUGUUUUGUACAUAUAUUUAAGCAGAUCUACUUUUUAACAGAGAACCAUCACUGUGGCCUUUUGCUUAUUCAGUAUUCUGUUUCCCUCUGGUCCUGAAAAUGUAAUUCACCAUUGAGGGUAUUGGUUUAUUCAUCUGUUCUUUUAUUAAAGCUCCUGUGAGGGGUUUUUCACAGGUAAUGAAACAGACUGGAAUUGAGUUUGACACCUCUAUCUGACCUAUGAAAGAGAGAGAGACCAAUUUUUGACAAUUAUUAUUUUUUAAAAUGCCCGGAACUGCUGCUGUUAGUGGAUGUAGGAUGAAGUGACUGACAACAUGCUUCCCAAACAAACAUUUUUACAUUUGCUUUAAAAAUACUCACAUUGAGUGUUACCUUUGAAAGUUAAAAAAAAAACAUGGCAGGGAUAAAAUCAGCAAGGGGUGAGGUGUUUUUUCGUCCAUAGGGGGCGCCAGAAUCAACACAAACAGAAAGUUCCUCACAGAAGCUUUAUUUUACUUUUACUUUUGAGACCAUUUGUACAACUGGCCUUGGAAAUUUCUGCCUUUUAUUACUUUACAUACCAAUAAACAAUCCAUUUAAUUGAUAACGUGGGUUGAAUCUAUACAUGUAAAGUAUUAAAUGUAAAGAAAUAAACUACCUGAUAAUUAGAAGUCACUUUAAGUUAUUUUGCAAACUCACAGUUGUAUGUGUCUUAAAGUUUGUAAAAGAAAGAAAUUUAUCGUCUGUGUAAAAAUGUAUAAAGUUAUGAUGAGGUGCACUGAU